AUACCACACACAGUCCUGUUCCAAGUUCCAUUCACAAAGUCAUUUCGAAAAAUCGGAAAGAAAACGAAACUGAAACGGCAUGACUGACGUUGCCGGUCAACAUGAAAAUCAAUCAGAGUUAUCGUUUUAAAUGGAAUAAUUAUCAAAACUACCUAUCCAAUGUUGUGCAACAGCUCUUAAAAGAGGAUUGUAUGGUGGAUGUCAUUUUGUCUGCAGCUGGUCAACGUAUUCAUGCGCAUCGUAUUGUAUUAUGCGCAUGUAGCACUUUGUUUCAAGAAGUUCUUAGUCAAGUGACGGAGGAUUACCCAACAAUUAUUCUGAGUGAUAUCUCUCCCGAGGAUAUAAAAUUAAUUAUUGAGUUUAUAUAUCAUGGUGAAGUUCGAGUCCCUGUAGAAAAUAUUAAUAAUUUACUCGAGGCUGCACGAUCAUUAAAAAUAAGUGGACUCGUUAAUAUAGAUGGAUUCGAAGAAAGUGCAACUACUAUAAACAAAAGAAAUUAUAGUAAAGAGAUUGUUACAGAAAUGGAUGAAGUUGAAGAAGAUGUAGUUGAAUCUUUAGAGAAUGAUUUACAGGAUCAACAUAAACAAACCAUUACUGAAAACUGUAUUUCAAAUAAAAAAAAGAAACGUCGUCGCGAGACUGUAAAGAGAGAUUAUAGUGAUGAUAUGUUAACAUCUGCUAUUAAUGACUUGAAAUUAGGACAAACUUUAAUAGAGGCUGCUACUAAACACAAUAUUCCACGUUCAACACUAUAUAUGCGAGCAAAAGCAUUAGGCAUACAUUUAAAUGCAUCAAGGAAUGGAUAUCCCGCAGAAUGUAUGAAUGCAGCAAUCACUGCUGUAAUCAGUGGUUCAAGUUUACAACAUGCAUCAGAAAUGUUCAGAAUUCCUAAAACUGUGUUAUGGAGACGUAUACAAAAAGAAGGUUAUCAAAUUUUACGUCCUGAAAUGAAGAGGACAUAUGCUCUAGACACAAGAGAGGCAGCUGUUAAAGCUUUGGAGAGAGGGGAGAAUCUGACAAAAGUUGCACUAGAAUUUAAAAUACCAAAGACUACAUUGUUUAGAGACAAAGUACGGCUAGUAGAUCAAGGUAAAUUGCCAUUAUCGUUUUGGAAAAAACGCAAAACUGAGAAUGAGGAUUUGAAGAAAUUAAGAUUAGAAGAAGCUGUGGCCGCUUGCAAAGGUGGUAGAAUGUCCCAAGCAGCUGCAUCUAUGGCGUAUCAUAUUCCAAAAACUACGAUAUGGCGAAGGCUUCAACAAGAUGGGAAAAAAAGGGAAAGAUCAUCAAAUAUGAAAAAACAACGAGGAUUAAUUGAUACACCGCAGUAUGAUACUGAGGUCAUUGAUAAAACGCAAGAAGGCUCUGCUUUUAACUAUUGUGAGGUUUCAUCGGAAAUACCUAUAACUUAUAUAGAUGAAAAUAGCAUAUCUGAAGAUUCCGUAAUAAUCUUAACAACAGAAGAAAUAAACGAUCUGAAUUUGGAGGAAGGCAGGCAAAUUAUUGUAAACUCAGAAUCUGGACAAGAGUAUGUUCCAUGUACAAUAAGUAUCGAAGAUGGUUCAAACUAUUCAGAAGCUGAGAGUUAGCAUUUAAAAAAUGUAGAUAACGAAAUUGUCUAAUUAAAACUUCUUAAAUUUUUGCUUUGCAUAUAUUGUACAUAUAUUUUGGAAACUUUUAUUGUAUUAAUAUUAUAUUAUGCUUAUUUUUAUGUAUGUAAGUCUUUUUAUAUAAAGUUGAAAAACAAUAUAUACAUAAAAAAAUUAUCCUCUAAAAAACUAGUUCUAAUAAAG